CCAUUACUGUAUAAAAGUUGCAUAUGUACUUAUCAGUGUAAAUAUUUCAACUGAAUGAAUAUAAAAUAAUAAACAGUAAGUCACGAUGACUGAUAUGACAGUGUGUGUAAAAAUUAAUGAAAAUAAUGAGUGUAUUUAUGAAGAUAAUAGCAGCGUCGAACUGAAUGAAAAUAAUUUGAGCGUAUUAAUUUCGUGUUUUAAACAAACUCAGAUAAAAAUUAAUCAUUUCUUGACUAACUUAAUAGAAAAACAAGACAGUUCCGUCAAUGCCGAAAAUCGGCUAACAUCGGAAAGCGAGUCGGAUUUUGAAGAGGAGAUCGAAGUUAACCCUAAGAAAUGCAAAUUGAUCGAUUAACAGUAUAUCAUAAUUGUUUAUUGCAUUUGUUGUUGUAGAUUUUUUUGUAUGGCACUUGAAAAUAGUACACAGUAGUUCGUUUUCAUACGAUGUGAUGGAUUUGUCGUUGCAACCGUGUUAACAAGUAUCUUGCCCUGCAAGUUUUGUGAUGCUGGAAAGCGAUAAAUCGAUUAUAAGAGAACGAAAGUUACAUCACCGGUAAAGGAAAACGUGACCGAUAAAGUAUGUCUGCUCUGCUAUCAAAUGAGGCUCAGUUGCGCUAUGUAAUAGAAUGGUUUCAAGAAUGGUCAGAAAUGCAAAGAAGUGAUUUUUUAAGUAUACUUCUGGAACAGUGCGGGCCUGCUGGUCUUGUGAAUGGAUUAGUCCCCAGAAUGGAAACUCUAGGAUGUGCUGAAGGAUCCGACAGACCUCCGAGUAUAUUUCAAUGUAGAGUGAAACUGUUUCGAGAAUGGAGCAAUAACUGGUCUCAACAAGAAAAGGAUUCUUUACUUUCAUCAAUUAAAAAUACAGACCCUGCAUUUGCAGAGAAGUACGAAGAGAAACUGUCGUCUCUAGAUACAAAUACAUUCGAGAUUGCAUCCGAUACUAAAGAUUACAAUGAGCAAAAUGAGAAUGAAAUGAUUCAGCCUGCGGAUCUCGCUACCCUGAAACUUUACAUGGAAGAUGAGAGUAGAUACAAACCAUUGCAUUCUUUAGUGGACAACUAUAACAAACGUAAUAAUCUUAAUACUGCACAUAUUAAUGUGCUUAAUCUAUUCGAACCAAUUGUAUGGGAAAAUUCUAACGUUGAGAACAAUGAUGAAUCAUUUGUUGCUGGCUUUAAAGAAGACUUAGAUAAAAUUAUAAAAGAUAAAAACCUCGUUCAAAGAAGUAAUUAAAGCGAAACGUGAGAAUGAUCAGUAUCAAACUAGUCCCGAGGAGAAAGAAGACUUCUUUCAGAUGAAACCUAUCGAUCUUUCAUCAUUA